AUGGCUGAUUUUUAUCUGGCUGAGUUUGAUAUCAAGAAAGCUCUUGAAAUUGAUCCUGACAACAGGAAGGUGAAACUUGAAUAUAAGGUUUUCAAAGAAAAGGUAAAAGAAUACAAUAAGAAGGAUGCCAAAUUCUACGGAAACAUGUUUGCCAAGUUGAACAAGCUAGAACCAUUCAGUUCAAAUGUAAGCAUUAUGUCCUUGGCUUAUGUGGGUUUACCUCUGUUAAGUAAAUUUGCUAAGAUUCUUAGUGAACCAGUGACCGCAGUGUCCCAGCGUACCAGACCACCGCCUCCGUCCACCGUGAACCAGCAACCAGAGCUCCAUAGACUGCCGCGCCGCAGCCCCUCUCUCAGACUCCCACCCGGUCAGCCACUCAGCAAGAGACAUAGAACUCCUCCGCUUCCGCCACCGCCGCCGCCGCCGCCUUCCUUCUUUGGCUGGGCAAAGCUUAUGGUAUUUGGGUCUGAGCAAAUGGGAGCUGAGGCGGUUCACGUCCGCCUGUCGCACCGGCUUCAAGAAGAACUCCUCCGCCCCUUCCUCCAAACAUCGGUUGAUCCUGGCCGGAACAUCCUCGGAUGAUAUGGAACAAGAAGGGGAAGAGGAA